AUGCCGUUGAUGGAUUCGUCGCGAAAUAAAGGUCGCCAUCCAAGGCGAGACGAAUCUUCUGAUCACGAUCAUCGUGCUAUAACUGUGAACUGCAUGGAUGAUAUCAACAGGCAACGAAUAUCAAACUCGGAGGUACUGUUAAUGGAUAAUGAUCAUCUCCAUGAUAGGCCUACUGAUGUGGGAGGCGUAGCGCCGCCGUCAUAUUACCAAGUUGCGACCCCUAAAUCACCUCAUGAACUUUCUUUAACUCAUGAUGAUGACAUGCACAUACACUCUGAUCAGGCGACAAGUCAGCAUCCUCAGAGAGAAAGCGAAGAAACGGAAAGACUGAAGUAUGAAAUAGCCAAAAGUGAAAUAAUGGAACAAUUAAAUCUGCAGAUUUUGAUAAAACACAAAGAGAUGGAUGAAUUGGAAGACGAAGCCAGGAUUUUAGGUGCUCAAUCCAAAGUUUUGGAGAUACUACAUGAUGAUAAAGACCUGUUAACGAAAGUAGAGGAAUAUCAAAUAAGGGAGGCUGCGAAGCAAAGGAUAGAGCUUGAAAGGAAGAAGAUGCUACAGGAUACUGUUCCUUUGCAAUACCCCACAACAGCACCUGCUAAGAGUGGCGGGGAGUACUAUUAUCACACCAGGAGUAAAAGUACAAAUUCACACGGUACGGGAGUAUCUACUUUGAGACCCGCGAACGAUAAUGUUAUGGGACUUAGAAUGCUUGGAUCAAAAACUAUUAUUGACAGCACUUCAUCCGGAUCCGGAUCCCUGAAUAGCAUGCAAACUACAGACCCCUUUGCUCCUCAGUUUUUCAAUCAGCAUCAUAGAAGAAAUUAUAGUAGCACGUGUAUUUCGAGUAAUAGUGGAGUUAUAGGAAGAACAGAUAAUGGUGAUGCUAUAUUUAGAAGACUUGAUGGUCUUUUAAUUGUAAUAACAUGUUGCAAGUGUAAAAAGUCGGGUUUCACGUCGGCUCAAGGUAUUGUGAACCAUGCCAGGCUGAAACAUUCCACGUCCUAUUCAAGCCAGCCGCUAGCCGUCCUUAAUAACCAGUGUAUAUUACCAGAGGAGAAACAGAAUAAGAUUGUUUGGGAUAAAUUCAAGGAACUGGGCCUGGACCCUGAAAAAGAUUAUUUACCUAACGCCCUAGGAAAGUUGCCCGGCGUUAUAACAGGGUCAAAUCCAUCUUCCACACCAUCUAGCUCGGAGAGGAGAGAUAACACACCAAGUGAAGUACUUUCAUCAUCACUUUCACCAACUUCAAUCCAUCCUAAUACUGAAGUAUGGUCAACUAAGCAUUUAGAAAAGAUGUAUGGCAAGAAGGAUUUUCAGGAGAUAGUAGAUUAUGUCAAUGAUGCAAAAAAAGAUUUGGAUGUCGUCUUAAAAAUUCAGUCAGAACUUGAAGAGGGGGAAGAUGAAGAGGAUGACGAGGAUCCAAACGAAGAGUCUGGUAGUCAACACAGCCCUUCAGCCCUCCAACAACAACCUAACACAGCUGAUCGAGAAUACAAUAGUGACAUGAAGCGAAAGGCAUCUGCCAUGGAUAAAGAGGCCAGAGAAAGACUGCGGCAUAGUGACAAAAGGAUGCGUCCAGAUGCACUUUCAAUGGUUGAUUUACCGGCAGACGAGAAAAGGUCAUCUCACUACAAUUUAAGGGCUAAAUCGAAGUUGAGAUCAUUAUCUAGAAUUGAAUAA